UCCGCAAGCUCCCUCCGCGCUGGAAGGAUUCCCAGUGCACUGCCUUCCUUAGUACCAGCCCGGUCGCCCUGCGCCUUCAUCUCGAAGCCCAACAAGGCCCGACUUGCCUGUGGAUAUCGAACCCCAUUACCGAUUCACCGGAUUCGUUCUGUGUGAAUCACAACGGACGGUCCAAUCCAGCACUGCAAGCAUACUUCCAACCGCCCACACCUUAUUACCCAACAUGGCAACCGCUCAGACCCACCCCCGCCGCCGUCCUCAAAAGGUCGACGGCUCCCAGAUGGCACCGCCCUCUCUAACCACUUGGAACCUUCGCAAGGCUGGCACUUUCCACUCUCCCACUAACGUCUCGUCGGAGCUCGUCGACCCCGUCGCUCCGUACUGCUCCAUGCCGAAGCGUUCUGAGACCAACCCCCAGUCGCUCGAACAGAUUCUCAUCGACGCCGGCGAGAGACGUGUUGCCGGAUUGCUUGCGACCGUCGACAACGUGCUGGCGGGCAAGACCUCGUCUGCUUCCGAUGCGAGCAUCCUGAAGGACAACAAGGUCCUCCCUGUCCCGUCUUUUAUGCUGGACAACCACACCGUCACCGACUCUGAUCCGAUGGAGAUCGACUCCAAGCCUGUCGUCGUCGACCACCACCAUGCGUCUGACAGCGGUCUUGGCUCAUCCGUCAGCGGUUCUAUCUAUGAAGCUGGCAGUGCUCGCCUUCGCGGAUCCGCACGCUCUUCCGUCACCGCCGCUCGGUCGGCAAUCACCAAGUCCUACUCUGGCUUGUCCUCAAACAGCGAGGACAAUGUCCGCCGCAUGAGUGAGCAGGCCAUCAAGCAGAUCCAGAAGCGUAUCAUCAAGCCUAUCCUCCAGGAGCCCUCUCUUAAGGACUUCCAUUCCAUGGUUAAAGACGUCCCUCGUCGCAUCGGCCACAAGGAAAUCAAGAACCUCCGUGACCUGGAAAAGACCCUCAUCUACCUCGCUCCUGAGUGUGCCGCUUUGUCGCCAACGAAGUACCUCCGAUUCUGCGAAACUACCGUUACGUUUAUCGCCUCUACGGUCAACUACCUUUGCGAAGCCGACCAACGACUGCCGACUGAUCGCCCGUACACUAACAACUACUUCCUGGACCUCGUCGAACAGAUCCGCAGAUACGCCGCAAUCAUGGCUGCCACAAGAGCAAAGAGGGCUCGGGGUGAGCCCCUUAGUGAGAUGGACCACUCCCCUAAUGAGAAAGUUGUCCUUCGCGGCGGCCUCAGCCGCAACGGUCGCCCUGCCGAGUUGGUACGUGAGAAGAACGGUAGGGUAAUUCCCAUUGCUACCGACUCUGAGCGAGCAUCUGCCUCGAAGCGCCCGCUUGAAGACGACGAAUCGGAUGAGGACAGCGUCCACCGCUCCAUGGCUCGCAGGCGAAAGUCCGACCGCCCCGGCGAUGUCAUGCACAUUUGCCCGGAUUGCAAGAAGGAAUUCAAGCGCCCUUGCGAUCUGACCAAGCACGAGAAGACGCACUCGCGUCCAUGGAAGUGCUCGGAGCCGAAGUGCAAGUACCACGAGAUGGGUUGGCCGACGGAAAAGGAACGCGACCGCCACGUGAAUGACAAGCACUCGGCGAUGCCGGCUCAAUACAAGUGCCUGUUCGCGCCUUGCUCUUAUGCAUCCAAGCGCGAGUCAAACUGCAAGCAACACAUGGAGAAGGCUCACGGCUGGACUUAUGUCCGCUCAAAGGCGAACGGGAAGGGCCCGAAAAAGUCCCCGAACGCUCCUGCUUCUCUCACUCCCCAGACUCCUCUUACUCCAUUCAUUGCCACCCCGGCAUCUGGAAUGCAGCAACUGUCUACUCCUGUGACACCCUUUGACAACUCUCCGUCCGUCCAGUCGUACCAAGAAGUUGACUGGGACAACUACUACAACCCACAGCUGAACGUGGACACCAGCUACCUGGAUGCUUUCCGGCGCGAGUCCAUUACGACCGCCGGAACAGACUUGACAUAUUCAUCCACGCACUCACCGGCGCAGCCCAACAUGUUUGAGGACUGCAUCACUCCUCCAGAUGCUGGGUUUGACCACACCCUGUUUGGUAGCGGCUUCGACUUCAACCCUACCGUUCAGCAGCCUACUCCCGCUCUGAGUGAUGACAACCUCUUCGCCGACCACUUUCAGUCUUUGCCGCAGCUGAGCGCAAACCUGAAUGUAAACGGCUUCGGUAACACCACUCAUCUCUCGCCGGGCGCCCAGCCGGACCUCACUCUGUUCAGUCCGUCUGAGAACGAUAUGCAAAUUGACGAAGGCUUUGGGGACUACCCGGCUGGCGUUGAUUUCCCGCUGUUUGACUCCACCAGCAGCAACCUUACCUCCAAUGCCAACAACGGAGAAGGCAACAGCAGCAACUGGUUCCCCGACCUGUCCAACUUUGGCGGUCAAUUCGAAGACAUGUCAUUCCCCCCUGCCGACUUCUGCACCAACACUUCUUAUGAAUUCAACCAGUAAGUGACCAGGGUGGUGGUCAUUGCUGACCUUGACCGGCUUCAUCAUGCCGGCAAGUACCUACCUACAUGUGUGUUUUUUGCGUGGAUCUUUUCCCACUUCUUUGCCUUGUG